AUGGAUGAUCGCUUCCUAUGUCAAGAUCCGAACAGCCUUCUACAAUACCCAUCAAUCCAGGGUUUCGAUGGGACAUCAGGACUGCCGCUAGACUAUCCGAGCUCGGUACUCGCGACGCCACUACAAACUGGACCAUUCUUGUCCGAGAUUUCUCCAAAUGAAGGUGACGAACCACCAUUUUUGGAAGAUCAAAUAUUCAAUGCCGAGCAAAUCGUGGACAGCACUAGCUGCCAAACCCCUUUUCCUGGUGACUUGAGCACAUGGUCUGAUAACAAGCCAAAAGGCGUUUCCAAACAAAAGGAUUCAUUCUUCAGAGACACGAUUCCUUUCGAGUCAAUUGUGGCAGACUUCGAAGGAAUUGAGAUGAAGGUGGAUGUAGAUAUCCAAGCGAACAUUGAGCGUGGCUUCCUGGUCAGGGAAGGUCGAUGGACAUGCUACCGACGGAACUACUUCUCUGUCGCUUGCAGUUUCUCUCUCUGCCCAUCGAUCUAUCGGAUUCCUCUCUAUAUUUGUCGAAACAACUACGACCGUCUCCCAAUUCAGGGGUUUGCUUUGGCACUUUCUGCCACAGUGGGCGAUGAACCCGAUGAUUCCCAGUUGCUGUUUCAGUAUGACUCCUCAAGGAGCGACAAGUCAAAGAGUAAACCAAAUCCAGUUUGUCUUCAGGAUAUAACUCCCCAUAUCUUCGAGCGCAUUCAAUUUGGAAAAGCCACAACCGUGAAAGGGAAGACCCGAAAUCACCAGAACGACCAUCAGCUGGUGCUAGAUCUUUAUGCUAAAGCCUUGGACACGACAACACAGCUUCCGUUUUGGCUUUUGAUCGCCCGCAGACCUUCGGAGCCCGUCGUCGUCCGCGGCCGCUCACCGAAAUAUUAUGACGAUAGCGAGGAGGAUGGGAAAAACGGUGGCCGAGAAGGGCGCGGGAUAAAGACCAGCAGUGAAGCGACUUAUCCGGGCCCAACCGAUUUGGGCUCACAGCACUGGGCAACGGCAGCCAAUCCCAAUGACCCAAUAGAAAGAGGGAAAUGCAACGAGCAGAAACUAGAGGGCCACACCUUAGCCCCGAAUGACGGGCUGCCCGCUCCCGAGUGGCUUUUCCUAGAUUCGGGCAAUGUCGAUCAUGACUUCCUCGACGAGUUGGACACAUGUUGGAUGGAAGCGAUGAGCAAGGAAUGGUCGGAUAAUUUACAAGAUUUGUGA